GAGAAAGGCCUCAGACGGGGAGCCCACUGUCACCAUUACUAUUUGUGCUCAUAAUGGAAUACUUAACUAGAAUCCUCUAAAAGCAAGCCAAGAACAAUGGAUUCAAGUUCCAUCCAAUGUGUGCCUCACUUAAGGUAAUCAACCUCAUUUUUGCAGAUGACUUAAUUAUUGCAUGUAAGGCUGACAUGAGAACUGUCAAAGGCAUUAUGGACUCGCUUGAGAUAUUCAAGAAACACACAGGUCUACAAAUAAACAUAGAGAAGUCUCGGAUUGUAUUUGGAGGGUGCAAUGAACAACUCAUGGAUGAUAUAAUGAAGCUAACAAGUAUGGAGAAGGGUGAGAUGCCUUUAACAUACUUGGGAAUUCCAAUCAGUAGUGACUGUGAUAAACUAACAGAGAAGAUAGCUGCAAAGAUUAACAUGUGGAAGUCUAAGCAUAUCUCAUAUGCAGGGAGGGUCAACUUGAUCAAUACAAUUCUAAUGGGUGUGAUCACUUUUUGGUCUAGAAUAUUCAUACUUCCCAAGAAAGUCCUGAAGAGAAUCAAUGAUUUGUGCAGAAACUUCUUAUGGAAUGCAACUGCUGAGUACAAAAAGAGCCCUUAUGUACAAUGGGAAAAUAUCUGCAUCCCUAAGAAGAUAGGAGGUCUGGGCAUCAGAAACAUGUACCUUUGGAACAAAGCUACUAUCAUGAAGCUGAAUUGGGAUAUUGCGAAGAAGAAGGACAUCUUGUGGGUAUAGUGGAUACAUGAAAGGUACUUAAAAAGGAUGGAUUUUUGGAAAUACACCCCCAAAUCAAACUGCUGCAACUACUUGAAAAAGAUGAUAAAAACCAGAGAUGAAUUUGCUGUGAUGAGAAAGGAUGCAGAAUAUGAAGUAUAGAAAGGAUACUGCUGGCUAGUAAGACCUAAGGAGACUCCCUACUGGGCCAGUUGGGUUUGGAGUGGAAUUUGUGUUCCAAAACACAGAUUUAUUUUUUGGUUGAUAAUGAAGAACAGAAUGCAAACCAGAGACAGAUUGAAGAGAUUCAUGGAUAUUGAUACAAAAUGCCUAUUAUGUGAAGAAGAGGAAGAGAAUAUUAAUCACCUAUUCUGCCAAUGUAGAGUGACCAGAAAGGUUGUGAAGGUAAUAUUUGAAUGGAUGAAUUAUACAAUCAAAGGGGAUACCUUAAAAGAGAUGGGAGAGAAUAUAUGGAGGAUAAAACCUGCCCGAGCAAGGGGGAUGGUUAUGGAAGCUUGGAUGAAUGUGUGCUAUAACAUUUAGAAGGCAAGGAAUGCUAAGCUCCAUCAAAAAGAGAUCAAGGAGGAAGACAUAGUAGCCACGGUUAAAUUCCACAUCCAAACCAAUAUGAGUAGUAAGAGGGGAUAACACUGUAAUUGAAUUUUGAUGUAUUAAGCGUUUGAGAUUGUGAAUAAAAGAAUAGUACUUUC